AUGCAUUCUCACAGUCUUCUCGCCGCCGGCGCCUCACUGCCCGGCCGCCUCCCUCCGCAUCGCCACCUACAACAUCCGCCAGGCCGUCCGCGUGACCGGCCCGGGCGAAGAAUCCUGGGCCGUCCGGUCCCCGCUCCUCGUGGGCGUGGUAAAGACAUCGCCGCUAGCGCUCCGCCUGGUGCCGUCACCAUCAUCGGCAUGCAGGAAGUCCUCCACGACCAGCUCCUUGACAUCAAGGCCGGUCUCGGCCCCUCGUGGGCCCACGUCGGCGUCGCGCGCGACGACGGCUUCGAAUCCGGAGAAAACGACGUGGCUGUCCGAGACGUCCGACCGGCCCUCAAGGGCUGGGAUGCCGCCUACACCCGCAUCUCCACCAUUGCCGUCUUCGAACACAAGGAGACGGGCGUGCGCUGGAUCGCCGCCAACACCCACCUCGACAACGAGGGCCCCGUCGCGCGUGCGCAGGGUGUCAAGUUCAUCACCUCCCGGAUUCGCCAUCUCCAAAGUAUCUGGGGUCCUCUCGGCGUCUCCCUCACUGGUGAUUUCAACUGUCCGCCCGGCGGUGAGGCGUACGAGACUCUCGCCGCUGAUGGUUUCUUCGAGGAGCUCUCCAAAAGAGCUGCACGAAAACGGGCCCUGUGGAACGCCGACAAGUAUUCUGUUUUCGACAAUAUCGUGAACGGCGUCUACGCCAGCGACCAUCGCGCUGUUGUGGGUGAUAUUCGCGUCAGUGUUUAG